AUGCCUGAUAGCCCGAAGAAAAAGUGUACCAAGCGCAAAGCUGCCGACAUUAAUCUCAAGGCUGCCAAGCCAAAGAGAACACAGGCUCAGCACUCAGUACCUCCACCCUCGGUCAUGGCUUCUACUGUGGAUGAAUCUCAACAAACUCGACAGUCGGGAUGUCUAGCAUGGACUAGCCAGCCCAAAGGCUCUAACUCUCUUGAUUCCACUAUUCCUGCAAACCCUGCUGCUCCCGAACAGCCCUGCAAGGGUUGUGGCAGUUAUUCAAAGAAAAAGCAGCCCCCUCCCCCAUACAACAUUUCAGUGCAACCAAUUCCAAACACUAUGACGAUCAACACUCCAAUUCCCAAUGCUCCAAUUCCCGACACCACAAUUCCCAGAGCACAGCCGAAAACAAAGACUGUUGCUCCUCCCCUGAGCAUAAAGUCAGGGAGCAACAACUUCUGCCAGUGGUCUCGCUAG